AUGGGACAACCAAGACGGCUGGCUAUUGACCCAUGGGCGGUUCUGGGAAUUGGGGAAAAUGAAGGGAAACUUGAGGCAAAGGAAGUCAUCAGUGCAUAUAAAAAGCGAGAAAAUGACCUUCAAGGUGAUUUAGAGGCAGGUGCAUACAAAAGCCGGCAAAAGAGAUAUGAUUUCGACUUGGACAUACUAAAAGCUUCCAAGAAUGUGCUCCUUGCCUCCAAUCAAAGGACAUUCAGAGCUCACUGGGAAAAGGUUAUGGAGGGAAAGAGUGACGCACUCCAAGGACUAUCAAAAGCAGUCAUAAGUGACUUUAAUAAGCUGUUCCCAGCUCAGAGACCGCCAUUUCCGAUUCGAUACAAGGACCCCCCUCGAGAGGGAGCGGUGGGCAGCGAGAGCCCUGCGGGUGAUAUGAACCCAUUGGACGCCAAAUCCAGGGACAGAGAAAGGAGAAGAAAAGAGGAAGGAACAACCUAUUCACAAGCAAAUCCUGCAGGUGCUCACUAUGACGCCCGACCCCCUGAGCCAAAAGAACCACCAAGCGCUCCUCCGCCAGAGGAACCACCAAGACAACCGGGAGACUUUCCUCCCGGAAAGAAAGUGGUGAAGGUCAGUAUUAUCGAAGAGGGAGAUAAGCAUCGUGUUCGGCGAUGGUAUGGAGAAGGAGAGAAAGAGUACGUAUCAGACAGUGUUGACAAGAUUGAGAAGGGACUGGAGGAGGACGAGGACGGAGACCUAGUGGUGAUCAAGAGGUAUCUCUCGCGUAAGCGUAAGGACACUGGUCGUCGGGUCACCCUUGUCGAGAAAGAGGCCGCAUUUACUCUCACGAGAAUUGAAGGAGAUAGAGAAAAGGAGAUCUUGAGGAAAGCCAAGGUAAUUGGAACCAUUAUGGUGGGCCGAGACUCCGUUCCAUAUUCUCAGGUGCUCUUGCCCCGGGACCGCAGUGGGAAGCCAUUUAACAAGGAAAAAGUGGUGAACCCAGAAACUCGGGAGACCAAGAUAACUUACUCUUGGGAACUAGAUCAUAACAUACUAUAUCAAUUCCAGAAGAUCCGAUCCGAGAAAAAUGACAGGCAUGAGGCUCCCCCCUCGGGCAAUCCCGCAUCGGCCUCACCCACGAGCUAG